UCAAAGUGUAUUUUAUAUGUGUCAGCUUCACUUCUUAAUUUGCAGUUACAUAUUUCGUCAUAAAUUUGAAACUUGUAUAAAGACACUUUUUUUUCUUUUUUCUAAUUCAAUUGAUUAAAUGACGAUGAUGAUAAUAAUAAUAAAAAUAAUAUUUUAUGUAUAUUAAAAUUGACGUAAACACAAUUUGAGCUUGGUUCUUAUCUUUCAGAUGUUCUUAUAUAUAUUUAUUAAAACAAUUUUUUAUAGUGCGCAAGGGCAACGGGCCAACAGGCCAACGGGGGUCACUUUCUUUAUCCUUAUUUCUCUUUUAUAUAUCAUAUAUACAAAUACACAUGAACAUAUUAUGUAUACACAUGAAUAUUAUGCUAAAAAUUGCAACCGGUGGCUGACUGAUAUACGCAACAUCAACAUUAAUGACAACACAGUGUUUGUGCGACUAUCGACACGACAAUAUGUAGACUCGCGACUAAAUUAUAUUAUUUCUCAUUAUAUUUGUCUUCUGUGCGCAUUUAUAUAUAUCUAUUAUUAUUUUUUCUUACGGCUUUUUUUUUUAUUUGAAUAGUAAUUAAUUAGUUGAUUAAUUAAUUAUAGAAAAGAAAAAGCUAUAUAAUAAUUAUAAUUUCAAGGCAUUUAUACAAACGAAAUAAUUAUUCCAUUAAUAUUUAUUAAAGAUUAAAAACAAGAAAAGCAACUAUUAAUAGGGAAAUGUAGUUUUUUCGAAUAUUUAAUAUUUAAUUUUUUAUAAGAUAAAAUGUUUGCAUGCGCAAUUGAUUCAAAAAGAUGGCAAAGAGACAAUAAUAUACUUUUAAAAGCUGCAAAAGAUCUUGAAGAACGUCGUAGUCAUUAUGAGCCAUCAAUUGGACCUGGACCAGAUGAUUUGGAUCAUUUUAAUAUUGAAGAAAAUGAUUUUGUGCCACAUUUUCAACGUGUAUCAAUAUCUGGUGAAGAUACAUCAGGUGUACCAUUGGAAGACUUGGAGGAAGCAUCACAAAUGCUUGUCAAGGCACUCGAUAUACGUGAAAAAUACAUGUAUAAUUCAAAGCAAACAUUUCCAUCGAUAACAUCAAAAUUUUUAAGAAGUAUUGACAAACGGCCAUUGAAUGCAGAUGACGAAGUACAGCAUGAUGAUCGAAUGGCAAUUGCUGAUCAUCCAGUUCAUGCACCAGCAUCAAGAGAUCCAUGGGAACUUGAAUUUCCUCCUUCAAAAAAUUAUAUAAUAUCACCAGUAAAUGGUGUAUUUAAUGUUUAUGAAAACAAAGAUGAUGUUAAAAAUGGAAAACCAUUGCCAUAUACAUAUCCAGAUCUUGGACAUUUUGUUGGUGAUAUGAAUGUACUUUGUGCAAUGAUUGCUGAUGGUCCAUUAAAAUCAUUUUGCUACAGACGUUUAAGUUAUUUAUCAUCGAAAUUUCAAUUACAUGUAUUAUUAAAUGAAUUACGUGAAUUGGCUAGUCAAAAAGCUGUACCACACAGAGAUUUUUAUAAUAUUAGAAAAGUUGAUACACAUAUACAUGCAGCAUCAUGUAUGAAUCAAAAACAUUUAUUACGUUUUAUUAAAAAAACAUUAAAAAAUCAUGCUGAUGAAGUUGUAACUUGUUCAAAAAAUGGUGAAAAAAUGACACUACGUGAAGUAUUUCAAUCAAUGAAUUUAACAACAUAUGAUUUGAGUGUUGAUAUGCUUGAUGUACAUGCUGAUAGAAAUACAUUUCAUAGAUUUGAUAAAUUUAAUGCAAAAUAUAAUCCAAUUGGUGAAAGUCGUUUACGUGAAGUAUUUUUAAAAACAGAUAAUUAUCUUGAUGGUAAAUAUUUUGCACGUAUUAUCAAAGAAGUAUCAAGUGAUUUGGAAGAAUCAAAAUAUCAAAAUGCCGAAUUACGUUUAUCAAUAUACGGCAAAAGUCCAGAUGAAUGGGAUAAAUUAGCAAAUUGGGCAAUAAAGGGUGAUGUACAUUCUGAUAAUAUAAGAUGGCUCAUACAAAUACCACGUUUAUAUGAUAUAUUUAAACUCAAUAAAUUAAUGGUUAAUUUUCAAGAAAUAAUUAACAAUAUUUUUUUGCCUCUAUUUGAAGUUACAAAUGAUCCAAAUUCACAUCCAAAUUUACAUAAAUUUCUUCAGUAUGUCAUUGGUUUUGAUUCAGUUGAUGAUGAAAGUAAACCAGAAAAUCCUUUAUUUGAUAAAGAUGUAUGUCCACCACAAGAAUGGAAUGACAUUGAAAAUCCACCAUAUGGAUAUUAUCAAUAUUAUACAUAUGCAAAUAUGACUGUUCUCAAUCAUUUUAGAUCAGAAAGAGGCUUCAAUACAUUUGUUCUUCGUCCUCAUUGUGGUGAAGCUGGUCCAAUUCAACAUCUUGUUUGUGGUUUUAUGAUGGCUGAAAAUAUAUCACAUGGUUUAUUGUUACGUAAAGUUCCAGUACUUCAAUAUUUAUAUUAUCUUGCCCAAAUUGGUAUUGCCAUGUCACCAUUGAGCAACAAUUCUUUAUUUUUAAAUUACCAUAGAAAUCCAUUACCAGAAUAUUUAGCACGUGGUUUAUGUAUUAGUUUAUCAACUGAUGAUCCAUUACAAUUUCAUUUUACAAAGGAACCUUUGAUGGAGGAAUACAGUAUUGCUGCACAAGUUUGGAAACUUAGCUCAUGUGAUAUGUGUGAGCUUGCAAGAAAUUCAGUAAUUAUGAGUGGAUUUCCUCACAAGAGUAAACAAUACUGGCUGGGACCAAAUUAUACAAAAGAAGGUGUUGCUGGUAAUGAUAUAACACGAACAAAUGUACCAGAUAUUCGUGUUGCCUAUCGAUAUGAAACACUUCUUGAUGAAUUGUCAAAUAUUUUUAAAGUCGUUGAAAAACAACCGGUUGUUAUUUUUUAAAUUUUUAAAUUUUUAAAUUUUACUAUUCAAAAAUAAUAUAAUAAAAAUAUUAAUACUUGUUAUAACAAUAUAAUAUUCUAUAAAAUAUAUAUAUAUAAAAAAAAUUCAAUUUACAAGUCAAUAAGUCAAAUAAUAAUUCAAUUUAUUUUCAAGUAGUAUGUGUUUUUUUUUUUUUCAUUAUAAUUUUCUCUCUGAAUAAUAUUUUUGUACGUUUGUAAAAGUUGUUUUAUUUUUAUUUUUUAACAAUUUACUAUAGUAUAAAUUAUCAUGUCUUUCUUUGAAAUUUUUUGUAAUAAAUUUUGUAGUUUGAUGAAAAAUAAAAUAAAUAAACAAAUAUUUAUUUAUAUCGUAAAAUUAAAU